ACAUUAGGUACACUACUACGAAAUGAAUAGACUAAAACCUACCUAUUUCCUUAACCAUGUCGAUCCGGGGAUUAGCCCACACACGUAGGCAAAUGGCGGAGAGAUAAGAGGGAAAAAAUAGGGUGUUAGGGGUGGAAAAAACGCCGCGCAAUGUUUUCGAAAGCCUUAGCUUAAAACAGAUCGAAUGCUUCUAAGGGCCUUCGAAGCACAUUCAACUCCAGACGAAGACAAUCUUCUUACAGGGAAAGAAAUUAAGGCUUUAAAUUUUUAUGCACAUAAUCUUGGAGACCCUGUGCCUGUCAUAUCUCGGUUUUACGUAUUUGGCUUUACCCAAUACCAAGGUCUACAGCAGAGUGAUUCGGCCAUCUCCAGAAUGAGGUGGCUUUGUUUACAUGGAAGGGGAACCAGCGCACAGAUUUUUGAGAUGCAGACGGUAAGGAUCAGAGAGGCUCUCGGCCGGGAUCACGAAUUCGUGUUUGUAAACGGCACGGUCUCGACUGAGCCCGACAUCGGUGCCGAUGCGAUCGCCGACGAGUUUUUCGGCUAUGUCGCCCAUGAUGCAGACCAAGAUCGAGAACUCUGUGACAACAUGAUCGAGUUCGUCGAGAGCCAAGGACCGUUUGACGGGUUUAUGGGGUUUUCCGAAGGUGGUACUGUGGCCGCAAUGAUGCUUGUAGAAGACGCCAGGCAUGGUUCAUUUGGUGGUAUCAAAUGCGCCGUGUUCUUUUGCGCCGCUCUACCCUUCGAUCCCGACCAGGCCCGUACUGGCGUGAUCCGAUACAUCGAUCCCGACACGGAUGGGGUUCUACUGACGAUUCCGACUGCUCAUAUCUGGGCCCAGACUGCCGGGGCACAUGAGAUUAAAGUCCAUCAGUCUCUGACCCAAAUCUGUGAUGAGAGAGUCAGGGAAGUAUUUCUUCACGACCUGGGUCAUGAUGUGCCAGGGGCAAAAUCGGACAAGGGGUUAGCUGGAGCUCUCCGAGCCAUUGAACACGUGAUUGAGAAUGCUAUGGACAGUACCAGAUAAUAUACCUAACCUACCUAGUGCAUACCGGAUGAACAAUAUGUAUUGAGUAGGCCAAGCACGGAGAUUCAUACGUAUGUACCUAAGGUAUGUAUGUAUCAUACGAGGCAUCCACAUAUCCACAUCAAUGCAGCUCAUAAUGACUACCUCUAGAAUGUAAUAAAAAUUCUACCGCUAGUUCCAUUGUUCCAAGGAUUGCAGUUUUUGAAACCUCAAGGCAGGAAGGCAGGGGACUCCUUAACCACGUCUGCGGAAUAGGCGAAGAUACCCACUCUCAUCCCUCAGUCCCGCUCGCUUUUGACUUGGCUACUAUGUAAGGUAUAUAUAUGUACAAACCUUGCGAACGCAUCCUCGCAUCCUUGGA